CGAUUAUGAAAAGAAACUUGUACAAAUAGUAUGUCAACUUUAGGUAGCUCGAUUGGUAAAGAGGCAAGAUUGCCUGAACGGCCCGAAUUGUAACCAUUGAGUCAAUUGAGCAGUCACGUGACACUUGAUGCCCAAUCAGGGACGCGGCGUGACAUUCAAACGUCUGCGUUCGGUGGAUGUGGUGCCAGUGCCAGUGGUGUGGUACGGUGAAAUCUGCAUUUUACCAUAGACUGAGUUAAGUCACAACGUCUGAAAUAUGGCAAAACAUAUCUAUUAUUCGGACAAAUACUACGAUGAAAAGUUUGAGUACAGGCAUGUCGUCUUGCCGAAAGAGAUAGCCAAGAAAGUUCCCAAGACUCAUCUAAUGUCUGAAACGGAAUGGAGAGGUAUUGGCGUCCAGCAGAGCCAAGGAUGGAUUCACUACAUGAUUCACGAGCCCGAGCCACACAUCCUGUUGUUCCGUCGGCCCCUACAGGGUGGCCAACCGCCUUCGCAGGAGCAACAGAUGAAGGAUGAUGACAUAUAAAGGGGACCUAACUUAUGAUCUUCACUUUGGCGCUCUUCGUGUAUAUAGUGUAUAAACAGCAUGGGUGGUUUGUGUUACUUUUUUUUGUGUGUAGCUCCUGGUGGUAAAUAAAUUGUUUUCUUUUCUUUUUUU